AUGGUAAUACUGUAUCCGCCACUCAAGCUCAACAUGCAAAUAUCGGCGGACGCCUUGGCAUUGGAGGAUGCGGAAUUAUCGAGACUACGUGUCUGGGUCAGACCUGUCCUCGAGCACCGCAUUUCUUUCGUUGGCGAAUUGAAAUCAUGGAUGCGUGUCGCGGAGUUCAUCGGAACUACGGGAAGACUCCUCAUUUUCCAGUGGCUUUGCUUUGGUACGGCUCUGUUUGACGCGGCAGUAGUUUUACCUCCCGCCAAUGUGCAGAAUCGUCGGGACCGGAGACGUAUCUGCUACUGCCCUCGGACCCUUCCCCUGUGCGCUAGUCGGUGGUAUUCGGAAUACUUCCCGCUCUUGUCCAACGCAAAAGCUACAUCUUUGAGUCUGUUUACCCAUGGAACCCAGGCGUUCUUCGCCCGCCACCCCACCAAAGAAAGUCGACGGAUAAUUUGGUCAGGUGUAGAGACGAAAGAACACUAG